GGCCUACACUCAUUCCGUUUUCAUUUUGAUGUUUGUUGUUUUUCAGAUUGAAGAUUUAAAAUGGCAGCUUCCAUACAGUCUAAGCAGCUUUCCAACGUCUCUUUUGAACAAGAACAAGACGCUAAUUCGGCAUUGACCGAGCUAGAUAAAGCUUUGCGCUCAGGCCAGAUUGGUAUACAAUGUGAAGCUGUGGUAAAAUUUCCAAGAUUGUUUGAAAAAUACCCUUUCCCAAUUCUAAUUAACUCUGCUAUGCUGAAAAUUGCUGAUGUUUUUCGUGUGGGGAAUAAUUUUAUACGCCUAUGUAUAUUGCGAGUCACACAGCAGAGUGAAAAGCAUCUAGAUAAAAUUUUUAGUGUUGAUGAAUUCACUAGAAGAAUAUUUGGAGUUAUACACAGCAAUGAUCCAGUAGCAAGGGCCAUAACUCUAAGAACACUUGGUAGUGUUGCCAGCAUUAUUUCAGAAAAGAAGAAUGUUCACCACAGCAUUAUCCUUUGCCUUGAUUCCCAUAAUGCCGUUGAGGUGGAGGCUGCAAUAUUUGCUGCAGAAAAGUUCUCAGAAAAAUCAAAGAUGUUUGCUGCCAGUGUUUGCAGUAAAAUUGGUGCCAUGAUUGCUGGUCUGUCAACACCCACGGAGAUGAAACUGCGCCUCAUUCCCAUACUGCAGCAUAUGCAUCAUGACACAGAAACAGCCACAAAGGCUAUUGACUUAUGCCAGUCUGUGUUGACGAGCUACCCAGCCAGGAAGUUUGUUGUUCUAACCCUUCAAACACUGACACAGCUAACCAUAAAAACACUGCUCAACCUACAAGACCAGGUCUUGAGACUUCUGUCCUAUCUGACCUCUGACCCGAGAAAUGUUAUCAAAGCUGUUUGUUUGGAUAACUUGAAACUUUUAGCUGUCAGAGCAGCUUACUUGUGGACUGCUCCAAACUUAGAGGAAGUGGCUAAGUUUGCACUUCAAACAACUUCUUCUCAUCUAAAAGUCAAGGCUGUGCGUGUGUUAAAUGCUGUCUUUGGGAAUGUGGCUGUAACCCUUGUGACACUUCCUUCAGAUACAGCUGUCCUUGAUGUUUGUCGAGAGUUCUGCUACCACUCCAGUACCGAUCUGGCAACUCAAGCCAUCCAGCUUCUCACUUACCUGGCCAAGUUUAAAUGUAUACCUGGAGAUUUAACAGCUGAAGCUGUUGGUGCCAUCCAGACCCUAAUCAUUCUACUGGCUAGUGACUUGGAGAGAAAAAAUCUGGUCUACCUAAAGAUUGUCCUGAAAUGUGCGGUGGAUGUGUGUCACAGCUACCCUGAUGUCAGUGACAAAAUAGUCCAGACUUUGACAAGUUUGUUAGGGACAUCUGAAGAAACCAGCCAACUCCACCUGUGUGAGUGCCUGGCAGCCAUUGGUUCCGAAUGUCCAGCGGCAUUAGAUUUUGUCUCCCCACAGAUUUUAGCCAGUCUGACCACAACAAUCAGCCAUGGGACGAGGGAGGUCUCACAUGUUCAGGUCCAUAUGUGCACGCUGUUGUUUCAAGCUGGUUGCCAGAAGCCUAUGAGUGCCCCAAUCUUUGGCCAGGUGAUGGCGUGUAUCAACCAAGCCAACCCCUGGAUCGCAUACAAAGUAGCUCGACAAGCCAUGCGGUACUGUCAGUACCAAGUGGCAUAUGCCAUCCUCAAGUCUUUAAACCUUAAGGUGGUGACAGAAAAUGCCCACUACUGGCUGCUGGGCCUGCAACAUUCAUGUGCUGCAGAGAAUCACAUCAAGCAAGCAAAGAGUGACAACUCUGAUCUGUCAGCCUGCAUCACAGAUGCCCUGCAGAUGUAUGUCAAAAGUCACGUCACAUUGAAGGCGGCAAGCACACCAACUUACCCUCUAGAGUUUGCCAGCGACUAUGUGAACCUGCGCAUGCAAGUCCUCCAGGCUCAUCACCUGCUCUUGCUGUCACGCUCAUCUUUCUCUGCCAAACCUGCGCCUGCUAUAUCAACAGCUUUGGCUGCGACAAAUGGUCAAGAAGGAACAAGAUGGGCACAGGUGGUCAUCCAGCUACAGAAAUGCCUGAAUGAGUACAAAGAGGCUAGCACAUUAGCCUCUAACCUUUACAGAUCUGCAUUUGAUGCUGAUCCAGCCUCAUUGCUCAACAUAAAUGUAAUUCAGCAAUGCUGUAACUGUAUGAAGUCUGUUAUUACAACAAUCAUCUCAACUAUUCAAACAGGGCAGUGUAAUUUUGGGGACAGACAAUUCCUGACCCCAUCAAAAAAGAAUGAAGCUGGGGUUCAAACCUCCGGUGUUAGUGCCACCCUCAACAUCAUGCGUGACAUUUCCAGUGCCAUGGACAGGCUGCUACCAGAGAACAACUUGCCUGCUGUUAUUUCAUACAAGUUGAUGGACAUAUUAUCCACAUCAGUAGAAGGAUUUGUAAGAGCAUCCCCAAGUUUUCCAAGAUUUUUCUUCCAGACCAUGCAAAACACAGUUGUGAAGCUGGCAGUGUCACCGCAACAAAGUCCCAACCAGGAGCCUAUUACCCUGCGGGCUGACACACACCUUUCCUUGAAGGUUGAGGGUGUGGUCCAGCGAGGUGAACGGCCGGCGCUGUUCAGACAAGUCACAUCAGUGACCAUCUCAGUCAGUACAAAUCUCACUAGCAGAAGUAGUGUGGUCAACACCAAUGCAAAAGCAAAUGAAACAACCAGCGUCCAUUUGAGUCAAACAGUGAACCCACACAAUGAUUACUUUAGUACCAGCUUUGUUUUACCAUUUCCUGUUUUGGGGAUCCAUGUUGCCAAGGUUGAAGCCAGUGUUGUAGAUGAGAAUGGAGUAACUUGGAACACAGGACCUCGGACAUCUUUAACUGUCAAAUCGUAUGAUGACAGCCUCCAGCGACAACAGCAACAACAACAAAUGCGUGCAAGGACCCAACAGCAGCCAUCAACUAGCCUAGGUCAACAGAACCAUUUUGCUCCGCCUACCCAUACUUAAGAAGACAAGAAAAACGUUAAUAGAUUUUUUCUGCACUGUACCUGAUCUAAUACCAAUAUGGAUAUUUUUUACAUUUUUGUUUUAAAAACAAUUUGCUAGCUAAUUAAGUUUACCUUGCCAUAUUAAAUAUUUUAUUUGUGUCUUAAUU